UUGGCGCGGUCGCGUACUGUUCUUGGCACAGUUUCUGGUCAUCUCCUAUUGCGAGCGGAACGCGCGAUACUUCGUACGCUGGACCUGCGUGCGGUUCUCCCGCGUCUCUCCUCUUCAUUCCGUUCGCCCUGCACAUCCGCGUCCGUUUUCUAUUUCUCGGCCGUCGUCGCACGUCUGGCACCUGCGCCAUCGAUAUCUUUCGAGUGAAAAAAGAAUCGCACUCCGAAAAGAAAAUGCAAUUGACAACGUGUUGUAGAUGCUGUUCCUUAAAGACGGGAACAAUAUUCAGCGGAGUAUGUGGAAUCGUACUCGCCGUGAUUUCCCUAAUCUUGAUCUUCACAGUGAAUGUAGAAUGGAAAACAAUAAUAAUCGAUAUCCUAGACAAAACAGCCGUAAAAAUUAUUUUCGCCAUCAAUCUCUGCAUGACUAUUUUAAUCUCUUUGCUGCUAAUAAUUGGCGCUGUGAGGAAAAAUACAUUUAUGAUGCUUCCAUGGGUAGUCCUAGGCAUUAUGUUAGCUGUCGCUCUUUUUGUGAGUGUUCUUUACACAUCAAUCAUGUUCUUCGUAAAUCACGAAGUCCUCAACGGCGUUCUUUGGUUGGUAUUCGGUCUAAUAGCUGUCGUGGUAUACACAUACAUGUGGUUGGUGGUGUACAGUUAUUUCCAGCAAUUGAGGUUUGAUAAGUUGAAUAAAAGAAUAGGGCCUUAUGGAAAACCGUACAAUUAUCGACGACCAUGAAAGCAAAAUUGGACACAUAGAUAUAAUUGCAUGUUGAGUUGGUUCAAACGCUAUACAUCGCAUAAGUGCCUUAACACGUGUAUUUCUCUCGCUAUAUGUCGUUUUUACUAAAACUGACUUUUUUAUAUUACAGUGUCAAUUUACAAUCCCAGCCAACACAGAUUAUAUCCCAGAAUAUUCCGGAAAAUGCUAUAAAUCGUCCUAGAGGAAUAUUCUGAAAUAAAUAUUCUAAUAUUGUUAUAGAAAUAUGAAUCUUCUCUGUAAUGGUACUUGGAAUAUUCGUAAUUGAAUAAUAUUAUAUAUUCUGUAUGGUAUAUUAUCCGAAUGUGAUUUCUGAAAUAUUCAAAAAUCUUAUAUAUUGGAAUAUUCAAAAAAUAAUCUUAUAUACCCAGCCAGCACAUAAUAUUCGUGGAAAGACCUAUAAAUCUUCUUAUACGAAUAUUAUGAAAUAAAUAUUUCAAUAUCUCAUUAUAGGAAUAUGAAUCUUCUCUGUAAUUCAACCUAGAAUAUUUAUAAUUGAAUAAUAUUAUGUGCGUUUUAUGGAAUAUUCGACGAAAAUGACUUUUCAAAUAUUCAAGAAACCUUGUAUAUUCAAAUAUUCGGAAAAUAAUCUUGUAAGCAUAUGUGGUACGGGAUACACCCACUUUCAUAUAUUGAAAAGUUUGAAGCUAAUUAAAAAUUUUCACUCUAUACUAAAUUCGGUACAUUAAUAAAGAAUACUUCGAAAGCGAAUAAGCGCUCCAAGCGAACGGCACAUGUACCAUUAUAAUAGUCGUUCUCAUCAGUUAAUAGCAGUGGCUUAGUAGGUAAGGCGAGUUCUUCAAGAACUACAAAUGUCUCAGGUUCGAGUCUCUCACUGGAGUCAGCGAUUUUUUCCAAGCAAAUUAUAAAUGGAAUUAAUUAAAUGGCACACCAUUAUAAAAAGAUUGCAAUAACUAGAGUCACAUUAGCAAUCACAACAAAUAUUCUAGGAUUAAAAAUUUUUCUUUUUAUUUAACAAUUUUUCUAACAAUCUUUUUUCCCGAUGUAGAAUAUUCCUCGAUCGAAAAUUAAAUCAUACAUAGAAUAUUCUAUGAAUAUAUGUGAGAAUAUUCCCGAAGAAUAUUAUUAAAAUAUUUAAGAUAGUGUCUAUUUAAAAACAUAAGAAUAUUCUCAGAAUAUUUAUCUUCUUAAAAGAACUUUCUAUGAAUAUUCAAAUCUUCCUACUGGAAAAUCGGAAGAUAUUCCAGGAACGAAUUUGUGUUGACUGGGAUAUAAUACGGAGUACAAGAGAAAGGAUUAAAGCAGGGGUGUAGAGAUUUAUUAAAUUUUUUUGCAACAUA